AUGGAACUUGGAGAAAACAGGAGGAGGAGCAGAUUUUCUUCUUAUGAGAGAGUUGCAGCCAUAAGCUUGGUGCUUCUAGCGGUGGCUUCUCCUCUAUAUAUAGACCAUACAUCAGAUGCUGAAUUAGAAGAUGACGACCAAUCCAUAAACUUUGCGUUUUUCUUGCCCUUCCUGCUCUUUCUAUUGAUUUUAGUCAUCGCUUUAUCAUCUUUUCUUGACCGCAACUUUACCAGGUUUGAUCCACACUGGAUUCAUAGAGUUGGUGGUUCUUCUGGAGGUAUUAUCUUCAUUCUUGUCGUCCUAUUUCUUGUUUUGAAGUGUAAAGCAUCUCUGUAA